AUGCGGGUUUGUUUAUGCGAAUCUGAGUUAAGUAAGCAAGAAUUAAGGAAUGAAUGGCUUAAAUGUCCUCUGGAAACAAGUUUUUCGAGGGGGAAAAAGCUAUUAGGAAGUCUUGGUGGUCUGUUUUCUAGGACUUCGGAGCCAAAGAAGACUGCUCCAGUUAAUGGCCCUGUUAUUUUGAGAGUACAAGAGUAUGAUCCUACUAAUGCUCCACGUAACAUGAGUUGGAGUGGAUUAAUUCACGAGUCUCUGCUUGCUUCCACUCUUCCUGAACAUGCAGUUCUGUUUUCUCCAAGGCAGGUAUCUGAGCUUGAUGCUGCUGCUGUUUAG